GUCUAAAGUUGUAGUGUAGAUCCUUAUUCACCUGAUAAGAACGAGAAAGCCGAGUAAAGGGAAAUAAUUAAAGGACAUAAAUCAGGUAAACGAACAAAAAGUCCAAUCGAAACAAGGUCUAAAAGAAAGAAAGAAAAUGGUAUCCUUAUUUGACAAGCCCGCGUUAACCCUUCUGAGAGGCCAAUCCCUGACUCCCAUUCCAGAAAACAAGGCCUUGGAAGGGAAGAAGUACGUUCUGGUCUACUUUUCCGCCCAAUGGUGCCCCCCCUGCCGGGUUUUUACCCCGGAAUUACGCACCUUCUAUGAGAAGUCCCAUAAGGAAAAGAAUUUUGAGGUCGUCUUCGUGUCAUUGGACCAAACGGCGGGGGGAAUGCGGGCCUACAUGGAAAGCGCCCACGGGGACUGGUUGGCCCUGCCGUUUGACGAGGCGAAGGGGGUGGAAAAGGCAUGGAUGGCGCGGUACUGCUUCCGGGGUAUUCCCACACUGAUGGUCUUCGAAAAGGCACCAGCUGGCGAGGCGGGCGAAGACAAAAAGGGAUGGAAAUUGGUGACGCAGUAUGGGCGUGAAAUGUUCGACGAGGAUCCAACUGGCAAGGAAUUCCCUUGGCCAAGCGGGGAUGCAGUAAUUCGAGAGCACUAUCGCGUUCUAAGGCGAAACAUAACAUUUGUUGUGUUGUUUUCGGUUGCGCUUGGACUUUGGCUGUUUCGAUUAUAUGUAAAUGCCGUGUCUCGGAGCUGA